CGCUAUUUAAUUUUGUAAACAAAAUAAACUGCAGUAGACUCACUGUCGUUAGAAAUGCGUGGUUUGUUUUUAAACGUUCCAAAACAACGCCAUGCAGUGUGCUUACAAAGAAGGGCUGUUUCUACUGACUAUAAACCAACCGCGUUCGACUUUCAUCGACAAAAAGAGAAACGGGAAGCGAUGAAACGAAUGCGGUUGAAACAACAGAUUGAUCAAAUAAAGGAACAAUCCCGGGGAACUACAUGGCCAAGGUUUCCUGAAUUUGAAUAUACUUCCCCCACAAAACCAGGAGAGAAAAAAGACAUCAGCAUUCAGUUGCCGAAGUCAUACAGCCCAAAGUUUGUGGAAAGAGCUUGGUAUGAAUGGUGGGAAAAAAGUGGAUUUUUCAAGCCUAGGAAACGAACCAAAGAUGCUUCCACGUACAGUAUGGUGGUCCCACCACCCAAUAUAACAGGAAACUUACAUCUUGGUCAUGCGCUCACUUCAAGUCUUGAAGAUGUAUUUGUUAGAUGGCAACGGAUGUUGGGAAACGAAACGCUGUGGGUUCCGGGUUCAGAUCACGCUGGCAUCGCUACACAGAUGGUUGUUGAAAGAUUCAUAGAAAACAAAUAUAAUACGAGCAGAACUGAACUGGGGAGGAAAAAGUUUGAAGAAGCUGUUUGGAUUUGGAAAGAAACCAAAGGCGACCGGAUAAUAGAACAGUUUCGUCGAUUGGGAUCAUCUUUGGAUUGGGACCAUUCCACAUUUACUCUAAACCCCGAAUAUUCAUAUGCAGUCAAUGAAGCUUUUAUAAGACUACAUGAUGAAGGUCUCAUUUACCGAGAUGAAAAACUAAUAAACUGGUGUUGCCACCUAGGAACGAGUGUUUCGGACCUUGAAGUGAACAGGGUGGAGCCAGAGAGUUCGGUAGAAAUCCCUGGUUACGACCUUAAAGUUCCUACUGGUACAAUGCAUAACUUUGCAUACAAACUUGUGGACCCAGUUGGUGAUGUUGAUGAGAUCAUCGUGAGCACGACGCGCUUGGAGACGAUGCCCGGUGACACGGGGGUCGCUGUGAACCCACAUGACCCCAGAUACUCGAAUCUAAUUGGUCGAAUGGUAAAACACCCAUUGUUUGAUCAUAAGUUGAUUCCGAUUGUCGCUGACAAUGCUGUGGAUAUGGAUAAAGGAACAGGUGCAUUAAAAGUCACCCCUGCUCAUUCUUUUGUGGAUUUUGAAAUCGGGAAACGCCAUAAUUUACCUCUGGUUUCAUGUAUUAAUAAAAAAGGUUACCUUGAAACCUCAGAUUUGGUUGACCAGUUAUUCAAAACCGCGCCACCAAAUGAAAGGUGGAAAAACAAAGACUCAAUCCAUCGUUUUGAUGCCAGGCAACUUGUGUUAGAUUAUUUACAUCAAGUUGGUUUGUACAGAGGAAAUACAGAUCAUCAAAGUAGCCUGCGAAUAUGUAGCAGGUCAGGUGACGUGAUUGAACCAAUCAUAGCGAAGCAGUGGUUUGUCAGUGUAAAUGAAAUGGCCAGUGAUGCCCUGCAAGCGGUGAACGAUGGUCGUAUUAAGUUUGUACAAGAUGAAUACGCCAAGCAAUGGCAGCACUGGUUAACCACCACUGGUGACUGGUGUAUAUCACGUAGCUUAUGGUGGGGUCACCAAAUACCUGUGUAUCGGUGUAAAGAUGAUACAACUGGGAGAGAACAAUGGGUUUCGGCACACACAGAGAAAUCUGCUCUUGAGAAAUUUGGGGGUUCCCCUGAUGACACCACAAUCACCCAGGACACGGACGUUCUUGACACCUGGUUUUCGUCCGCUCUCUUUCCCUUCGCUGCACUCGGGUGGCCAAAAGAAACUCCUAAUUUAAAAAAAUUCUACCCUCUUAAUCUUAUGGAAACGGGCAACGAUCUUAUUUUCUUCUGGGUUGCACGGAUGGUUAUGAUGGGAAUGAAGCUCACAGGAGAGGUUCCAUUCCACAACGUUCUCCUUCAUCCUCUUAUACGUGACAACAUGGGGAGGAAGAUGAGCAAAUCUGUGGGAAAUAUAAUCGAUCCAAUGGACGUGAUUGAUGGAGCAAGUAAAAAGAAACGAAUAGAAGCGUUGGAGUUCAUGUAUUUAAAGAAAGAAGAGAAACUGUUGUCAGCAACAUCUAUCGCUAGUGGUGGGGACUUCCCCAUGAUAGGGAGUGAUGCGUUGAGGCUCGCACUUUGUUUAUACAGCACCGAGAGUUCCCAUAUAAACUUUAACCUCAUGGUGGCAGUAGAGUGUCGCAAGUUUUUCCUAAAGAUUUGGAACAUAAUGCGUUUCGUGAUUAACUUGUUUGAACAUGACAAGUUUAUUAAAGAACAGGAAGCUAACGGAAAACUUGGAAACAUAGAAACAUCAUUUCAACCACGAGCGGGUGAUGUUUGGAUUCUGUCAAAGCUUUGUGAUGUCAUAGACACAACAAACACACAUUUGUCGAAUCACAAUGUAUCGGCUGCUGCAAGGAGUUUACAAUUUUUCUGGAAGGAAACUUUUUCAUCUGUUUAUGUGGAAUAUUGCAAAAGUUGUUUCACCCCGGUUAUAAACGAGGAGGGUAAGGGUGUUGGUUACCAAGCAACCAACGAUCAACAAAUCGCAAUCGCUGUGAAUAUUCUACGAGUGGCUGAGACUGCUUUGAGACUAUUUUCUCCCUUCGCACCGUUCUUGACAGAGGAAUUGUGGCAACGAUUGCCGAAGCAGUAUUUGAACAGGGAGUUCCCCGAAAGCAUUACAGUUGUGGCUUACCCUACGUUGGACGAGUUUCCGAAACAUAGAGAUCCAAAACUUGUUGAUGAAUUUGACUUCAUACUUUCCGUUUGCCAACGAGCUCGCACGGAGAUUUUAGAAUUUCAAAUGUCAAGGCAAGUUGAGGUAGUGUUUCUAUGCAAGGAUGCCACCAGUGUUGCACAAGUAUCUAAACAAUUGAAUGAUAUGGGUGCGUUACUAAUGCGACACAAACUUGUUGUGCAACACUGGGAAGACGAGAAUCUUCCAGAAGAUUGUUUUGGUUUCAUUGAUCAGGAUAGUUCAAUUUCAACUGUUUAUAGGAUUUUGGAAUAUUGCAAAAGUUGUUUCACCCCGGUUAUAAACGAGGAGGGUAAGGGUGUUGGUUACCAAGCAACCAACGAUCAACAAAUCGCAAUCGCUGUGAAUAUUCUCCGAGUUGCUGAGACUGCUUUGAGACUAUUUUCCCCCUUUGCUCCGUUCUUGACAGAGGAAUUAUGGCAACGAUUGCCGAAGCAGUAUUUGAACAGGGAGUUCCCCGAAAGCAUUACAGUUGUGGCUUACCCUACGUUGGACGAGUUUCCGAAACAUAGAGAUCCAAAACUUGUUGAUGAAUUUGACUUCAUACUUUCCAUUUGUCAACGAGCUCGCACGGAGAUUUUAGAAUUUCAAAUGUCGAGGCAAGUUGAGGUAGUGUUCCUAUGCAAGGAUGCCACCAGUGUUGCACAAGUGUCUAAACAAUUGAAUGAUAUGGGUGCGUUGCUAAUGCGACACAAACUUGUUGUGCAACACUGGGAAGACGAGAAUCUUCCAGAAGAUUGUUUUGGUUUCAUUGAUCAGGAUAGUUCAAUUUCAACUGUUUAUAGGAUUUUGGACCAUGAAGAAUUCUUUGGUGAAAACAUGAAAUCAAAGUUUCGCAAAAAUAUGGGAGAAAGUUGGAAGAAAGCAUUGAUUGGGAUUGACGGAGUAGAAGAGAAACAGAAACUUAUUGAGAAGAUUAAAAAUACUGAAAAAUGGAAAAAUUCAUGGAACAGAUUAAAAUAA